ACGCCGCACGCCCUGGCGAGGGCGUGCGCAGUUUGGCUGCUCCGGGGUUGGCCCCUGAGCUCGCGCGACUGCGCGGCAAGACGUUUGGCUUUGAAAUGCAGCGGGAUUUGGUGAGUUUCCCGCUGUCUCCAGCGGUGCGGGUGAAGCUGGUGUCUGCGGGUUUCCAGAUUGCUGAGGAACUCCUAGAGGUGAAACCCUCCGAGCUUAGCAAAGAAGUUGGGAUAUCUAAAGCGGAAGCCUUAGAAACUCUGCAAAUUAUCAGAAGAGAAUGUCUCACAAAUAAACCAAGAUAUGCUGGUACAUCUGAGUCAGGCAAGAAGUGUACAGCACUGGAACUUCUUGAGCAGGAGCAUACCCAGGGCUUCAUAAUUACCUUCUGUUCGGCACUAGAUGAUAUUCUUGGGGGUGGAGUACCCUUAAUGAAAACAACAGAAAUUUGUGGUGCACCAGGUGUUGGAAAAACACAAUUAUGUAUGCAGUUGGCAGUAGAUGUACAGAUACCAGAAUGUUUUGGAGGAGUGGCAGGUGAAGCAGUUUUUAUUGAUACAGAGGGAAGUUUUAUGGUUGAUAGAGUGGUAGACCUUGCUACUGCCUGCAUUCAGCACCUUCAGCUUAUAGCAGAAAAACACAAGGGAGAGGAACACCGAAAAGCUUUGGAAGAUUUCACUCUUGAUAAUAUUCUUUCCCAUAUUUAUUAUUUUCGCUGUCGUGACUACACAGAGUUACUGGCACAAGUUUAUCUUCUUCCAGAUUUCCUUUCGGAACAUUCAAAGGUUCGAGUAGUGAUAGUGGAUGGUAUUGCUUUUCCGUUUCGUCAUGACUUAGAUGACCUGUCUCUUCGUACUCGGUUAUUAAAUGGCCUAGCUCAGCAAAUGAUCAGCCUUGCAAAUAAUCACAGAUUAGCUGUAAUUUUAACCAAUCAGAUGACAACAAAGAUUGAUAAAAAUCAGGCCUUGCUCGUUCCUGCAUUAGGGGAAAGUUGGGGACAUGCUGCUACAAUACGGCUAAUCUUUCAUUGGGACCGAAAGCAAAGGUUGGCAACAUUGUACAAGUCACCCAGCCAGAAGGAAUCCACAGUACUGUUUCAAAUCAAACCUCAAGGAUUUAGAGAUACUGCUGUUACUUCUGCAUGUUCAUUGCAAACAGAAGGUUCCUUGAGCACUCGCAAACGGUCACGAGAACCAGAGGAAGAAUUAUAACCCAGAAACAAAUCUCAAAGUGUACAAAUUUAUUGAUGCUGUGAAACCAAUGUGUACAAGUGGACUUGUUACUUUAAAGUAUAAAUAAACACUAUGGCAUGAAUGAAUCCAGAUUAUA